UAUGGCAUCAGUGGCCUCUGCUGCAGAUACCCAGAACCUGCAAGACAGUGUCAGGAGCGCCGAUUUUGGAAGGUUUGUCCAUAACUUCAACCUUCUGGACUUCUUCAGUAACUUCGACUACCAGAUCAUCAGCUGGCUGGGACUCGCUGCUGUCAUUCUGGUCUACUUGUUUGGGCUUUCAACGAGAUCUUUUGCGCCUUACGGAAGGAGCUUGGCGCUGACAGCCGCAGAUUUAUGGGAGAACAGGGAUCAGCAUGGCUUUCCGAGCACUGGAAGAGGCAGUCGAUCUAUGGAGCCCUUAAUAGAUGUCCUUGACAGCCUGGCUGUUGCAGUCAAGAAAUGGGAAAUUCCUUCAGAGGGCUCUGCUAAGACCCAGAAAAUCUGAGUGUAUUUUUUUUGUACAGUGACAACCUGUAAGUGAAAAGGUGUACACUUAUCUUGAUUACCCAAUUGCAUUGAUGUAAUUUCAGAAUUCCCUUAUUUAUUGAAAUAUUCCAAUCCUAA